AUGGUGACCAUAAUCUGCAGUCUGGUGUGUGCCGCCGCUUUCGGCAUGGCCAUCGCAGUGCGGGUGCACGCGCCAGACAAGGACAUCUACUACCUCUCGGGCCAAGCGGUACGCGUGUACGGCUUGCUGACGGCCAUCCUGGUGGUAUUUGUGGAGCUAGAGGUGGCCGCCCUGGCUGCCUGGUGGCCCCUCCUGGAGAUCUGGAUAGGCCGGGCGAUGCUGCAGAGCUUCGUAGGAGUUCUCACGUACAGGGAGGCCCUCCCCCGUGGCGACACCGACUUCCACCGCAGCCUGGCGCUGUACCGCGGCAUCGCCAGCGUCGCCCUCCUGGUAUGCUCGGGGGUGUAUGCCGUGGGCUGGAUAAGCUGCCUAGUCCGGACACGUCGCGACCAGCGACUACGGAAGGCACAGGCAGAGUACGAGGCCCUGGAGAGGCGGAGGGCCGAGCUGCAGCGGCUCCUGGUGACUGAGCCCGCCAUCUGA